UGUCCCAGGUGUCCCCGCCAUGAUGUCGUACCUGAAGCAGCCGCACUUCGGGGGCGUCCCCGGGCUGGGCCUGGAGCUGCUGCCCCCCCCCGUGGGGUACCCGGGCGCCCCCCGGAAGCAGCGCCGGGAGCGCACGACGUUCACGCGGGCGCAGCUGGACGUGCUGGAGGCGCUGUUCGCCAAAACGCGCUACCCCGACAUCUUCAUGCGCGAGGAGGUGGCGCUCAAAAUCAACUUACCUGAGAGCCGCGUGCAGGUGUGGUUCAAGAACCGCCGCGCCAAAUGCCGCCAGCAGCAGCAGCAGCAAGCCCAAGGGGGCGGGCCCCCCAAACCUCGCCCGCCCCCCAAAAAGAAACCCUCCCCCCCCCACGACCCCGCUCCCCCUGCCCCGUUCGCCCCCCAGAGCCCGCCCCCCCCGAACCCCCCCCCCGUGUGCAUCUGGAGCCCCGCCGCUCUGUCCCCGCCCCCCCUCCCUUUGGGACCCCCCCCCCCGAAUUUGGCCGCGUCCCCCGCGGGUUUUGGGGGGGGCGCGACCCCCGCGCUGGGAUUCGGGGGGGCGGCGACCCCCGGGUUGGGAUUUGGGGCGGGGGGCGAGUGCCUGGAGCUGAAGGAGGCGGGCGGGGCCUGGAAGGUGAAUUUGGGGCUGGGGGAGUGCCUGGAGCUGAAGGAGCAGAGCGGGUGGAAGUUCCAGGUGUUGUAA